UUUAGAAUUUUAAUGGAGUUUGGUAAUAUUAUUGUUGCCUUCUAACUUAUGAUUGGAUCAUUUUCUGUCAGGUACUAUCACCUAGUGGCUCAGAAAUUUGCAAUCUCCAUUGCACUUUGAAGCUUUAAGAAAAGAACAAAUGUCUAAGAAGAGCCAACAUACCCUUGCUGGUCCAUCAACCCAAGAUGAGAAGAAGAGGAAGGCCAUUUGGAAUGAAAAAUUGAUAGAGGAGUUUAUCGAUAUAUGUAUUGGUGAAGUUGAAGCUGGUAAUCGCCCAGGAACACAUUUCAAUAGGUUAGGGUGGGCCAAUAUAAUUAAGAAAUUCAAUGAGAAGACUGGAAAUCAAUAUGACUACAAAAAAUUUAAAAAUAAGUGGGAUAACCUGAAAGCAAAUUGGAGCAUUUGGAUGAAAUUGGUGGGAAAGGAAACAGGACUUGGAUGGGAUCCUGUUAGAAAUACAAUAGAUGCACCAGAUGCAUGGUGGGAAAAAAAAUUGCAGGAGAUUCCUGAUGCAGCUAAGUUUCGAGAACGUGGUCUACAACAUGCCAUAAAAUUGGAUAGGUUAUUUAGAGGUACUAGUGCCACUGGGGAGGGGGCCUGGGCACCAGCUUUACUGGUGCAGGAGGAUGUUGAGGACACAAUUGAAGUAUAUGAGAGGUUGGAUGGGGUUAAUAAUGAUACAUUUGAGGGCUUAGGUGACUCAGAUGAGGACCAUCAUAUGAUUGAGUAUAAAAUUGAUGAUGUUCCCACUGAUAAUUUUAAUGUUAACCUUACUCUUGCAUCUGAUGCUAUCCAAGAGAGAGGAAAGAAAAGAGUUAGCUCUACUUUGCAUGAUAAGAAAUGCAAGAAGGUUGGGGGUGCUGCACAACUAUCUCAGCAAUUGAGUCGUCUUAUUGAUGCAGUGGAGAAGAAAAGUACAGUGCCAUCCAAGAUGAUUGAUAAACCUGGACGUAGUAUCGAUGAGGUGAUGGACGUAGUGCAUAUGAUGCCUGAGAUGGUAGCACAACCUGAACUGCUUUUGAUUGCUGCUGAGGUGCUCCUUAAAAGAGAACAUCGAGAGAUGUUUAUGGCACUCCGAGAUACCAAUCUUCGAAUUGAAUGGCUCAAGCGAAUGUCAAACUUACAUAAGUAGUUGUUGACGUACUAUUAUGGCAAUAUGUUUUGUAGUUUUAAUUAUGAACUUCUAUUAUAGAAUGAUGAUGGACUAUAUGUAUUUGUGGUAUCUCUUGGAUAAUGUAUCGUGGAUGCUAUUGAUUUUAUGGAUAUUAUAGAUGUUAUGAUUUUGUGA